AUGGUGAUGCGACGCCAAGCAGAAGCGGCAAAGCAUGAUCGAAUCGCCUGUCAAUUUGUCUGCCAAGUGGAAAAGUGCGAAGAAAUCACCACGCAGCGUCGAUAA